CCUUUGCGACGAGGUUCCCCUGUUUGUGCUGAAAGAAAUACUACCGCAUCCCCGUUUUGCACCUCCGCGUCUCUGCUCUCCUCUUUUUUCUUUUUCUUAGCUUCAACUUGGUGCUUGUUCGAUUGAUCUUGUGAGAGAACGGGACGCGAAUUUCUUCCUCGUGCUCUUCCGCCGGAAAUAACUCGCGGUAGGGCGGCACGUCGUUUAGAGAAGUCUUUGGAGAACGUCUCGAAAUUCGCGGUCCGCCUCUAAACGUCCUUUCGCGAUCUUGUUUCUUCCUUUCACUUCACCUCCCCGCCGAUCGCCGUCGGAAUGCGCGAGGACUCUCUCGAGUAGAAUAACGCGAGUGACUCGCGCGAACCAUCUGGAUUCGAACGCGCAUUUUUUCUGCGGUAAAUAGUCUUCUCUUCUAGUAACGCGCGGGAAGAAGGAAACCUACUCUAGAGAAUUCGGCGCGGAAACGCAGGGGUGUCGACGAGGGCGAAGGGAAGAAAGGCAAGAAAAAGAACGACGACGCGCUAAUCGGGCAUGGGUCUGACGGAUACCAGUUUCGAGUUACUUCUGACCCUGUGGCGAGUCUUCGUCGUGGGAGUCCUGCCGUGGACCGAGGAGCGCGGUCAGUGUCGCGGUGUCUCGCUAAGCUGCAACAUUCACGCCGUCGCUCGUACCGGAAGGAUGUCGUCGACGGUGGUAAAAAAUGCUGCGAAGGACGUCAGCGGUGACGGCAGGGAGACUUGGUCGGGAAAGCUCGAUUUCUUGUUGUCGGUCAUCGGGUUCGCCGUCGAUCUCGCUAAUGUGUGGCGAUUCCCGUACCUUUGCUACAAGAAUGGUGGUGGUGCAUUUCUGGUUCCCUACUGCGUGAUGUUAGUGGUCGGUGGUAUUCCUCUAUUUUACAUGGAGCUCGCUCUCGGUCAAUUCAACAGGAAGGGUGCUAUCACCUGUUGGGGUCGGCUGGUACCACUUUUCAAAGGUAUCGGAUACGCGGUGGUCCUAAUCGCGUUUUACGUUGAUUUUUACUAUAACGUCAUCAUCGCCUGGUCGCUUCGUUAUUUCUUCGCCUCGUUCGCCACGAUGCUACCAUGGACCUCUUGUGACAAUGACUGGAACACACCACUGUGUCGCGAGUUCGACGCGAAUAUCUCGUACGCACUCGCGGAUAUGAACAGCGAGAUUAAUGAGAAUUUUGGAAAUACCACUCGGCUGCUGGUCGAUUUAGGAUCGGAUGCUGCUGUUCAAAGUACAAUGGAUAAUUAUACGAGUGCUGCGCAUGAAUACUUCAAUCGCGCUAUUCUGGAGCUACACCAAAGCGAGGGUUUACACGACCUUGGUGCCAUUAAGUGGGACAUCGCGCUAUGCUUGCUCGUGGUCUAUCUGGUCUGCUACUUUUCUCUGUGGAAGGGCAUCUCGACUUCCGGCAAGGUAGUCUGGUUUACCGCUCUUUUCCCUUAUGCAGUUCUGUUAAUUUUGCUAAUAAGAGGUGUCACUUUGCCGGGCAGUACCGAGGGAAUUCGUUAUUAUCUCAGUCCAAAUUUCAACGUUAUCACAAAGGCAGAGGUGUGGGUGGACGCGGCGACGCAAGUAUUCUUCUCUCUAGGACCAGGAUUCGGUGUGUUAUUGGCCUACGCGAGCUACAACAAGUAUCACAACAACGUUUACAAAGACGCCCUGCUGACGAGUUUGAUCAACAGUGCAACAUCUUUCGUCGCCGGAUUUGUCAUAUUCUCGGUGCUCGGUUAUAUGGCACGUGCCAGCGGCAAGUCUAUCCAGGAUGUCGCCACGGAAGGACCCGGUCUGGUUUUCAUCGUUUAUCCGGCGGCCAUCGCUACGAUGCCCGGCUCGACAUUCUGGGCGCUCAUUUUCUUCAUGAUGCUGCUCACACUCGGUUUAGACAGUUCGUUCGGAGGUUCAGAAGCAAUUAUAACGGCACUCAGCGACGAGUUUCCAAUAAUCGGCAAUAAUCGUGAGGUCUUUGUGGCGUGCUUAUUCACUUUAUACUUUCUGGUUGGGCUCGCUUCUUGUUCACAGGGUGGGUUUUACUUUUUCCAUUUGUUGGAUCGAUAUGCGGCUGGGUAUUCGAUGCUGUUCGCCGUUCUGGCAGAAACAAUCGCGGUCAGUUGGAUCUAUGGGACAGACCGAUUUUGCGCCGAUAUCAAAGACAUGAUCGGAUUCAGACCUGGUAUCUACUGGCGAGUAUGCUGGAAAUUUGUAGCACCACUUUUCCUUAUGUUUAUUAUCGUCUACGGUCUAAUGGGCUACGAACCAUUAUCAUACGAGGGCUACACUUAUCCAGUUUGGGCAAAUAUAUUAGGCUGGCUGAUCGCAUGCUCUUCUAUCAUCAUGAUCCCAGGUAUGGCCAUCUACAAAAUUAGCAGCACAUCCGGAUCCUUUGUUCAAAGGUUGAAGAUCCUAACGACACCUUGGCGGGACACGCAGCAUCAGAGGAACGAUCUGUCCUCAGUGGCGAACGGUGCGAUUCGUCGAAGUUUCCUAGCCGAGCAAGACUUCGAAAUUACCAAGGAUCACGAGUUAACUAAGGAACAGACGGAAGUAAUGAUUCAAUCUAGAGAGGGUGUCAAGGGGAUCGAUCCGCCCCCCGAGCCAGUCUAGGACAGUGCGGUUGUGAUUUUGCACGGUGCCCGGUUCCAAGUAUACCUCUGCUAGAGCACGAUCGCCGAGCAAGGUCCCACAACGACAAGUAACAAUCCACCGAUCAAACAAAACAAGGAUUAGUCUCUUAUCAAUAGAGCAAUAUACGACACUCGAACGCAUUUGAAUCUCGAGGGUACCGGCUUGAUUGACGACAUGGUCUUCUUCCUUGGAUCGCGGUCGAGAAUCCGCGAUUCAACGUUCGCGCAUCGGAUUGCACUUUGUUCCUUUAGUCACAAGAAUACGGAUGAUUAAAAAAAACCUAGAGAAGAAAGUGGGUGCCGUCGUGAUAACAUCGACGUAACGUCGUCAGCCAUGCUUUCCCUCGGAUGGGUUUAACCGGACUUCUUAACGAUAAUUCCCUCCCUAUCCUGUAAAUAUAAUAACGCGCGUUAUUAGAGCACACGACGAAUCGCAUGAGAUUGGUGAAAUGCCAUGGCGACCAAGCACUUGAUGUUCACGCUUCUUCUAACGGACAAUGUUUAUCACAAACGAACUAUUGUCACAAAUAAGAGCUACUACGAUUCUACCAGAUCUUACCUACUUUGGAUGACAGCUUUAAACCUAGGAGAAUCAUUUAUGCGCAAAAUGUCUAAUUUAGCGUAGUCUCGAUCUUCGUAAUAAAUCGAUUCGAUAUUUCCCUGGCAACUAAUGAACCGCUUUGAGGUAACUAACUGAGAACCGUUAUCUUCAAUAAAAUUCCUUCUUGCGUAAAAGACUCUCCAAGUUGUUUCGCGAUAUCGCGUCCGAAACGAACUUUGUUGUUUAACAUCGUUUAUUUCAAUCCGAUGCGAGUUAUGUUAUGCGAGCAAUCGUAAAAUGUUUACUUCAUAUAAAGAUGUUAUAAAACAGAGAUUAUAAUGUUAAGAUAUCUUGUAGGAGAUGAUUACGCGAUUCCGAUUAAUUGAUUGUGAUUGACGAUUCUCUUACUGGAUCGUUGUUGUCUAUAAAAUAGAAAAGUGAAAGAGAAUUGAGUUAAUCACGGUUAAUCGGCAUCAGUGUUUUAGAAAAUGGAUUAGAUAAAUUAUAUUUCCGUUUGAUUAGUCCUCCGGGCUUUCGUAAGCCUGGAUGAUAAAUGCUGUGUGGACUAUACGCAAAUUAUAAUCACCGGUAAAACGUUAAGCAAUUUAUUAGGUCUUAUUACCGGUGUGAAUACGCUUCAUCGAUAGCCUGCUCAAUCCUGUGUCGAAUACCAUCGUAGCAUGAAAUAAUACGUUUUUUAUAUAGAUACAAUUUUCGAUCACUGGGUUCACGCUGUAAUCUUCUAGUCAUCGAUUAUUUCCUUAUAUACAUAUGUAUCUAUUAAAGAUCCGUGAAUGUAAGAUACGCGACUUUUUUAAUGAAAAUUCUCUAGAAAAUUGAACCACGAAUUUAAUUCAUCUUAAUAAUAUAUUAUUUUACGUGUUAUAAACGGUU